AUGAAAUCCAUCGGCGUUCUAAUGACCAUCCCAAUGCCGAGCAACCUCGCCGAAAAACUCGCCACCCGUUUCACCCUCUUCAAACUUUGGAACUAUCCAUCAAUAGAAUCCUUCUCCGAAACGCACGCGGAUUCAGUUCACACAAUUCGCGCAUUCGUUUGCGACGCAAAAUCCGCAGCCGAUGCUAAAUCCAUUGACGCCCUUCCGAAUCUGGAGAUUGUUUCCACUAACAGCGUCGGAUUUGAUAAAAUUGAUAUCGAAAAAUGCAGAGAGAGGGGAAUUCGAGUUACUAAUACGCCUGAUGUGUUGACGGAUGAUGUUGCUGAUUUUGCUAUUGGUCUUGCUUUGGCCGUGUUCAGGAAGAUUCCCAAUAGUGAUGGCUUUCUUAAGAAUGGCCUUUGGAAACAUUCUGAUUAUCCAUUAACUACUAAGUUUAGUGGUAAAGAAGUUGGAAUUGUUGGUUUGGGAAGAAUAGGUUCAGCAAUAGCAAAGAGAGCUGCAGCAUUUGGGUGCCCGAUUAGUUACCAUUCAAGAUCUCAAAAACCAGAGGCAGGAUCAUACAAGUAUUACCCUAACAUACUUGAUUUGGCAGCAAACUCUCAAGUACUUGUUGUCGCGUGUGCUCUUAACGAACAAACGCGACACAUUGUGAAUCGGGGAGUUAUUGAUGCAUUAGGCCCAAAAGGGGUUAUUGUCAACAUUGGGCGUGGACCGAUCAUCGACGAGCCUGAACUUGUGUCUGCUUUGGUCGAAGGACGGUUAGGUGGAGCGGGCCUUGAUGUGUUUGAGAAUGAGCCUAAUGUUCCUGAGGAGUUAUUCAGCCUUGAGAAUGUUGUGCUCACUCCUCAUGUAGGAAGUGAUACUGAAGAAACUUGCAAAGAUAUGGCAGAUCUUGUGAUUGCAAACUUGGUGGCUCACUUUAGUGGCAACCCACUUUUGACUCCUAUCUUGUGA